AACCCGGAGCGCAUCCGGUUGGUGUGACGCUUGAUGACGUAAAACUUGUUUGGAGCGCUUUCCUCACGCUGUUCUCACAUGGUAAUCUCAACAUGGAGAACACAAACACAGAAAGCAUCACUGAUGGCAAGAUUAAGGACGAGACCCAAUCUGAGAAAAUGGAACUGGAUGAUAAUCCACAUUUACAGGUUGAACUAACAGAUAAUCUCCAGAGCUCCAGUAGCCAAUCGGUACUGACAGCAGAAUCUUGCACCAGCGGUCAAUCUGAAUCAAAUGAAGGUCAGUGCACCAAUACAAAGUCAGAACAGACAGUUCAGUCCAUAGCAAACAAAGAUCAGGGCAUCAAAAUUGAGUCUGAAGAGACAGGAGAUUGUGUUGCCAGUGUACUCGAGUCUGGACAAACAGAAGAUGAGCACACCAGUAAAACAUCUGGAUCUGCAGUGAUGCAGUGUGAAACUGUGGUUAGUCCAGUCUCUGGAUCUGGAUCUUUGGCUUUAUUGAGCAUGCAGUACAGAGGAAACAGCUCAGAUGACAACGGUUCAGACAGUGACUCAGACUCUUCAUCCUCUACAUCUUCAUCCUCCACAUCAUCGUCCUCUUCCUCCUCUGAGCCUUUAGCCUUAACGAGCAAUCUCCCUGAAGAUGAUGAUGAAGGUGUUAACAUGGGGAACGGGAAGACACCCACACCACUGAAAACACAAGAUGAGCUACUUAUCGAGGAUCUUCCUGAAGUGGAAAAUCUGACUAUCAGCUUACCAGACGAUGCAGAGUUGGAAGCCAUCGGGACAAUAUCAAGCAUUGUUGAGCAACUUGUGAUUGUGGAGUCGUAUAAGAACACACGGGCACUUAAUGAAGACAGUGUUUUAUUCGGCAACAACAAAAACUCUAUUGGCAAGGUUUUUGAAGUUUUUGGGCCUGUUUGUCAACCCUAUUACGUUUUGAGGUUCAAUUCAAAAGAAGAUAUCGACAAGAAAGAUCUCAAAAUCCAAGACCCGGUUUACUUUGCCCCCAAAAUUAAAGAUUUCACAGACUACAUCUUUACAGAGCGAUUGAAAUCGACCAAAGGCUCGGAUGCAUCCUGGAAAAAUGACCAGGAACCACCUCCCGAGGCACUAGAGUUUAGUGAUGAUGAACAGGAAAGACUGGCCAAACAUAAGUUGAAAGAGCAAAAGAGACGCCAACAAAAUGAUUCAGACACAGAUGAUGAAUCAGAAAGCCACAAAGCUCCGCCCCCUCAAAAACCAUCUCGGCGGAAACCACGACAGAACCGCAACGUUCCACGCGGGCAGCAUCACAAUCGUGGUGGCGGUUUCCAUAGCAACUAUCACGCCCAUCCUCACUUUCCACCUCCCGACUACAUGUUCCCCCAUCCUGAUCCACACCGGUUUCCCUUCCAGGGCCCAAUGUACCCACCCUAUCCCAGACCACCACCACCCUUUCACAUGGGCAUGCCCCCGUGGCCCCCAGGGGCCAAUCAGGGCUUUAUGUUUCAGCCGCCACCUCCUCCCCCACCACCACCAUCUAAUCAGUAAACCUGUGACUUUAAUCCACCAUACAACGUUUAACCUGCGCCCUAUGAAGGGAUUAUCAUCUUUGCAUACUAAUUGAAUUGUAUACAGGUGUAUAGUGUGAAUGAAACAGUAUUGUAUAUUAUUAGAAAUUAAUUUUGUAUUAAAAAUGAUUAAUUUCUCA